UAAACAUACUGAUAAAAAAAAUUAAAAAUGUUCCAAAAAUUUUGACGUGAAAAAAGUGCAAAUACACACAUUUAUCAUAAUUGGCAUACGUCAAAACAUCAUCAAUCAAAAUUAUGGCAUGUACUUCUAAACGACCAAUGAAAAGUAAUUGUGGAUGUACUGAUUGUACUUGUGCAAGUAAGAUACCCAAGCGGGAACAUCCAUUGUGUGAAAAUGGUGCAGUUAUGCGUUUUCGACAGUAUUUACGAAUUAUGACGGCACAUCCAAAACCACAAUAUGAACAAUGUGUCGAAUUUUUGAAACAGCAAGCAAAAGAAUUAGAUUUGGAAUUUAAGCUUGUUGAUCUAAUGGGAAAGCCGAUAGUCGUGUUAAGUUUAAAUGGAUUAUAUUCUUAUCUGCCCAGUAUUCUAUUGAUGUCACACAUGGAUGUAGUUCCUGCUGUCCCGGAAACAUGGACCUAUGAUCCCUUCGGUGCUGUAAUGACUGAGCAAGGUUUAAUUUAUGGGCGUGGUUCCCAGGGUAUGAAACUACAUGGAAUACAAUAUUUGGAAGCUGUAAGAAAAUUCAAAUGUGAAGGGAAAAAGUUGAAAAGAAAUGUUCAUUUAUUAUUCUUACCAGAUUCCGAAAUUGGUGGGGAUAAGGGUAUGAAAGUUUUUGUGAACUCAUCGCAGUUCAAAGAAUUAAAUGUUGGUUUUGCAUUAGAUAAAGGAAUGCCAAGUACUUCGAAUCAGUAUUUAAUCGGUUAUAACGAACGAGCACUUUGGCAAAUUUUAAUUCAAUGCACGGGUACAUCAGGUGAUGCAGGAUUACUACCGAAUAAUAUUGCUACCGAAAGAGUAUUUUUUUUACUUAGAAGGAUGUUAGCAUAUCGAGAAAAUGGACGAAAUCAAAUUAAAAAUGACAAUCUUGAUAGUGGGAGGUAUUUUAAGCAACGUUAUAGCAUCUGAUAUUCGAAUGAUAUUUGACGUACGAAUUUCGCCAACAUGUAACGCUGCCCAAGAUUUUGAACAAUCCUUAAAAUCAUGGUGUCAGGAAGCAGGCAAAUGCCUACAAUAUGAAUAUCUUCGAAAAGA